AUGAUCUGGGGACAAAUUCCUCUCGUGGAGCAGGUGCUAGCUCCCAACGCCUCCUUCUUUGCCAAGCGCAUCUAUGUUGGCUGGCAGGUGGUCCCAGUCUUCGCAGAUGACGAGCAAAAGGCAGACACAUCCAAGGAGUUUCUCAAGGACUUCCAUGCUUGGAUGGGACGCAACGCGUCUGGGAACAUACAAUCCAGAUCCUUGGAUGGCUUUGCCCGAACAGUUUUCCGAGAGGCAGCCAAAGCUAUUCAAACAUUCCUUUCCGCCACCCACGGCCAAAUGCACGAACACUAUGAGCAGAAAUUGCGCUACUACGACACAGAAUGGCUCCGGUUUGCUAGCGCCUGCCAAAGAAUGGAAGACUUUUGCCAGUGGAAGCUGCAACGCCAGCAGGAUGAACGUACACAUCCAGAACGGCAGCAACCACAAGAUCCAGUAGAUGCAGACACAACUCAGGACGCCGCACCAGAACAAGCCGAGCCCAUUUCCUUUCUCAGCUUCAUUCAUGCCCUUCAUGCAUGGAAGCGCCAGAUGGCUCUGUGGGCUGCCUUCUACCGCUCGCGAUGUGUCAAAGACAAGGACAAAGACAUGAAAGACAAGCCCGACCGCCCAGGAGCUCCUCCUGAACCAGAAGACGAAAUGGGACAGAUCCAGAAAGAAAUCUUGUCGCGUUGCCCCGGAAAUGCAGUACAAGAGACCGCCAAAGUCCGAAAAACCAUGAAGAAUUACUUCAGAAAGAAGAAAACAAUCGACGUGGCCAAGAAGCUGCAAACAGCAGUGAAAGAUUUGAUCAAAAGACGCCUGCUGCUGGAGAUCAAGCCAAGGAAAGAGCAACAGGCUGCGAAUGAGGAAGCGGGCGACAAAGCUGCCGAAGACACAAAGGCAGCGCAGUGA